AUGAACAGGAGAACAAAAGCGCCGUCUGUGGCCGUGGAGGAGACUGAGGAUACACGACUGGAAAAUUUUGGGCGAUUUCUCUACGAUUCCUUUGUAAAGAACGUGUGUCCGUCCAUAUUUGAACCACAGCUUCGAUAUUAUGGUGACUACAUUCAUCACUUUGGCUUUUUUGUAGAGGUCAAUACGAAGGGGCAGAGUGUUUCUUUCUUGUCGUCCACGAAACAUCCACAUGGUCGUCAUGAUGGUGUGUCGUUCUCCCACGAUGGUGCCGCUUGCGGAGGCGAUGUUGUUGUGGACGCCGGGUGGGGCAUCGGCGAGUCGGAGCAGAAGGAAGCGGAUGCACAAGCACGCGCAGUUGGCCCGUUGGAUGGGGUAACAAAACUGGAGGAAAUAACAGCAAAAGUAAUUGCGCCGUUUCAGCAGACAACGUGGAGACAGUCUGGGACACAGUGCUUGAUGAAGAAGGCACGGGCAUUGUAUUGUUGGUUGUGCGAGAACGUAACUGUAGAGCUUCCUUCACCUUCUCCCGCGGUCGAGGAAGAGGCCGCUCCUGCUGCUACCACUGCAAAGAAAGUGACUGGACGAAGGGGCGCCGCGGCAUCUCGUAACGCAAAACGAAAGUUAGGGGUUGAUGUGCAAUUCACAACAGCCCCCGUGGAGGUUGUCGACCCGCUUGAGGCGGCCAUGCGUAAGCGUACCGCUGACCCGCUUAUUUUGGCACGCUUGUAUCAGAAGUGCCUGUACUGGGCUCAGGUGGAAAGUAAGGUGGUUGAAGGCUACGUGCGAGGACGUGCGCCGGAGGAAGUCAUGGAAUGGGCAUGGAAUAUUGUAUGUAUCCCACAGGGGGAGAACAGCAUGACACGGUACCUGGUGGACGUUGCUCUCUCGGCCUACACUGGACCGCUACGUUACACCACACGGAAUAAAGACGUAGUGGAGGAAGCGGAGGCUGGUAGGGAGCCCAGUUCAAAGGAUUUGCCAUCUGUUAAAUCCAAGCGUCUUGCUGUCCCCCAGAAAGAGAAGCCAAAACAAAACGUUCUUGAUGGCCCAAUUUUGGCGUCGUCUGUUUCAGCGGAGAAAUGCAUGGAAAGUUUCUAUUUCAAUACAAAACCACAGGAAUUUUGCUUCACUCACUUACCCAAAGAGAGCCACAAUACAUUGCUCUUGAAUCCGCCACGGAAAUCUCUGUGGGAGGGCGCUCCCUGUCUGACGCACACGUUCUUUCGUUUCCCAUUGGCGUUGCAGUCACACCGGCGUCGAUGCCUCUUCACGGUGCGUUCCACGCCCUUUUAUAUUAGUCUUGUAAAUGAGAAACCUGAGCGGACGGAGCUUUCCUGCUUCAUCUACAAGGGCACACUGGAGGCGUUGCCCGAAGAUCUCAGCACGGCGACACCGCUGGGACCUCAGUGGGUGUGGCACCAACGCGAGGAGGCCACCAAUAGCGAGACCUUUACAAUAAUGGUGCCAGAGGCUGGCUACCAUAGCGUUGUGGUGGGCGCGAGAACGAUACGCAAAGACCCUUUUACUGCAGUCGUUUCUGAGGAACUUUUUGUGCCUGUUGUGGCUUAUCAAGUUCUAGUGACGUUUGUUCCGCAUCAAUUACCGCAAUUUCCCCGCCAGUACUUUACCCCCUCUGUUUGUAAACUUCUUGCACCUUUAACGCCUCAUGUUCCGGAGGGCUCUACGCAUUUUCUUGUGAUGCCAUCGUGCCCAAAUGUUGCGGGUGUGGCGAUCGUCUCAAAGCAGCCCAGUGAGGGAGAUAGAUUGCUGUUGGCAUUCCUGACCUUUUCGCCCCAAAACGUCGCGUACACGGGCACCGUGGUACUGACCAGCGGCAGCGAGGCUGAGGUGUGGAUCCUUUACGCCGCGCCGGACCAUAAUUAUGUGAACUUAACGGAACUUCCUCGUGCGGAGCCGCGUUUCCAAACGCGGUUACCUCCUUUAGGCUCAGAUGUUGGUGUUGCUCAUGGCGUUUUGCCGCAUAUAUCGCCGCAGAAACCGAAAAGAGAAUCGAAUUUGCUGUUUUUCCCUUUUGUGACGGGCAUUGAAGUCAAGAAGCCUGGCGCGGCUGUUAAUGAAGGGCGCUACAUCCAACCGCAGCCCACACUGGAGGAGGAAAAACAGCUAACACUCCGGCGCCUCAUUGGCGUGGAACCAGAGCUGCUGGACGAGGCGACGGCUGCCAUGUUGAAAAGGUCGUUGCCUGUUGGAUCUUACUUUGAGAAGAAAAUUUCACUCGGUUGGAGGGCGUUGGGGGAUGUGUGA